AUGGCUGUCAUAUACUACAAGUUCAGAUCGCAACGCGAUGACUUGAUUUCGACCAUCAAGUUUGAUGGUACUGGACUUACGGUAUUCGAGCUCAAACGAGAAAUUAUUUAUGCCAAUAAACUGAUUAAUUCCACCGACACGGAUAUUUUAUUAUAUCAUGUUGAAGAUCCAGAUAAGGAGUACGACGAUGAUAAUGAAGUCAUACAACGAGCAUCAACAGUGCUAGUAAGAAGAACAUCAGGUGGCAAGAAAGGAAGAGGAAACGUUUUGCGAUAUAUGGCAGGAAAACCAAGGAUUGCAAAAUCUCAAGUUCCCAUUCCAGCCUCAACGCUAGCUUCAGCACCUGUGGUACCUGCUAAUGAAGAGGACAGAAUUCGUCAGAUGUUCAAUCAGCAGGAUGACCAGUGGAAUCAACAACAGGCCCUCAUGGCCACUGCCCAAAGAGUGGAAAGCAAUAGGCAAAAUUUGAAACUUGAUGAAAACAUUCCUGAAUAUUACAUUUGCUACAAAUGCGGAGAGAAAGGAAAACAUCAUAUUAGAAACUGUCCAAAGAAUAAUGAUCCCAAUUGGGAUGGAAUCAGGAUAAAAAAAACGACUGGAAUACCAAAGUCGUACUUACGGACUGUUGAUAAUCCGACUGACAUCGUCAACGAACCUAACCAGAACUUCAUGGUGAACGAAGAGGGGAAAUACGUGGUCGCAGUUGCUGAUAAAAAAGCGUGGCAAAGAUAUCAGACCAUUCAGCAAUCUAGGCAAGUGGAAGAUGAUAUCCCGAUUGAAGAUCCUGAACUAAGGGAUCCUCAUUCAGGUAAGCUAUGGAAAACUCCUGUGAGAACCAAAUGUUGCAAACAGCUGUACUCAAGACCUUACAUUGAAGAUAUACUUUUGGAGUCAGAUUUCAAGUGUCCGAAUUGUGGUCAAGUGGACAUUUAUCUUGACUCUCUUGAAGUCGACGAGGCAUUACAGCGAAAAGUAGAAAUGUUUUUGGAACAGCAUAAAAGAAAAAAUGACAGGGAAGAAGAGCCGAACAAGCGGCAACACUUAGCUACAAUGGUACCUACUAUGAUGCCAUUUAUGCCGUUUCCAGCGCCAUUGCCUUUACCAACUAAUAACCAGAAGUAA